AUGAAUUAUUUUAAUAUUCAACCUGAUCAACUCAUUAUUACCUGGUUCUAUUUCCCGACUGCUUCCGAUAAAAGGAUCCGAUACGAGAAAAUCAAUGCACUUUUCUAUGAAGAACAGAAUUUAAAAAAGCAAUUGUUUAAAGUGAAAGGAUGGGGAAUGUCUUGUAGUCCAUGUUGGUGGGCGUGUGAUACUUUUAGAAAUUUCCAUUCGGAUUCCGAUCCUUACACAUAUUAUAAUGUUGUAAUCGAUUGUGGAGAAAUGACGUAUAAGGGUUUCUCAUGUCAAAAUAUCACGUCAUUUCUUUUCGCGAUUCAGCCGAAACUCCGACCGGAUUGUAUCAUAAAACAAGAGUUUCCAUUU